GAAAGGUUCCUGCCGCGAUGUCUGACAGCGGCUCCUCUUGCUCGUCCCUGCCGCCCCUGGAGCCUGUGGACCUGCCACCGGCCGCGGCGCCGGCGCCCCACGGGCCCAACGGGCCCAACGGUGCCAACGGCGAACUGCGAGAAGGAGCAGCGCAUGUCUUCAAAUUUGACACACCCGGGACCCAGCGCAGAUGUCCUUCCCCGGAACCUGCGUCCAUUUGGGACGAGGAGGAAUCAGAGGCGGCUCCAGAGAGCCAAUGGGACGCAGAGGUCAAGCAGGAGACUCGGAGGUUGAUGGCUCCGACGUGUCAGGAGGAGUUCUCGGAGACCAGUCUGGGCUACCCCAAGUGGCCGGAAGAGAUGAAAGAUCCUCAGUAUUUCCGAAACGAGUUGAUGAAGAUGCGCAACGACCCUCGGAAGAAUCCGAACCAUGGGCGUUCCAUGGAAGACCAGGAGUUUUGGAACGAGGCGGCUCGGCUUCCGUGGGCCAAAGUGCUCUUGCGGAAGGAGCAGUUCUGGACGCAGCGGCGCAACGUUUGGCUGCAGCAGUAUGGCAAGGUGCUCCGCGACAACCGCGGGCGUUUGGCCGUCGCUGAGGAGUUGGAGGAGUGUUCCAUGGAGCUUAAAAGGCUGGUGUCGCCAUUGUUGCACUAUCGAGUCAUUGAGGGGCUGUUACUCACUGCCCUUGAGGAGGCCAAUGAGCUUGGCCUCCCCCUGUCUGAGUUCAUUGAGGGCCCGGGCCGUUCUGGCGUGGCCUUGGAACUCUGGGCGGCCUGUGAGCGGCUGAAAGAAGAUCCGGGAAGACAGGCACAACUCCUGCAGGAGGAGUUGGACGGUCGCAUGCGAGAGGCUCAAAGCUUGGCCUUGAAGG